AUCUGAGUGCCCCAGGCAUGGUGUGCCAGGGCUGAGGGCUGCACGCUGAAGGAAGCCGUCUGAGAUCCUCAUCAAGACUUCUGUCACAGGAAGUGGACACGCUGCAAAGACAUCAUGGCCUCAUCCCGAUUAGGGGCAAGAUCUAGAGAUAUCGCCAAUGUCAUGCAACGGCUUCAAGAUGAGCAAGAGUCAGUGCAGAAAAGGACUUUCACAAAAUGGAUCAAUACUCAUCUGGCUAAGCGCAAUCCUCCCAUUCUGGUGAAUGAUCUGUUUGAAGAUAUCAAAGAUGGGGUAAUGCUAAUUGCCCUUUUGGAGGUUCUUUCAGGGCAGAAGCUGCCUUGUGAGCAAGGACGUCAUCUGAAGAGAAUUCACUGGGUUGCCAACAUUGGCACAGCUCUUAAGUUUCUAGAAGGAAGACGGUCCGUAUACAGAGGAUCUCCGAUUAAGCUUGUCAACAUAAACUCAACUGAUAUUGCUGAUGGCAGGCCUUCUAUCGUGCUUGGCUUGGUGUGGACCAUAAUUUUAUAUUUUCAGAUUGAAGAGCUUACCAGCAACCUCCCACAGCUGCAGCCGAUGUCUAGCAGCGCUUCUUCUGUGGAGAGUGUUGUCAGCUCAGAGACUGCGAGUCCCCCGAGCAAACGGAAGGUGGUAACCAAGGUCCAAGGAAGCGCCAGGAAGGCUUUGUUAAAAUGGAUACAGUACACAGCAGCGAAGCAAGUUGGAAUUGAAAUCAAAGAUUUUGGACAAAGUUGGAGGAGUGGUGUUGCAUUUCAUUCCGUUAUUCAUGCUAUCCGCCCAGAUUUAGUGGACAUGGACAAAGUGAGAGGAAGAUCAAAUAGAGAAAACCUGGAAGAAGCCUUCACAAUCGCAGAAGCAGAACUAGGAAUUCCAAGGCUUCUUGAUCCAGAAGAUGUGGAUGUUGACAAGCCAGAUGAAAAGUCUGUCAUGACCUAUGUAGCCCAGUUUUUGAAGUACUAUCCUGAUCCUCAUCAUACAGUGACUGAUGUGCAGGAGAAUGACAAGGAAGAUAGACUGAUGCUGAGAGACCUAAAAGUGUGGGCAGAACAAUUUGAAAGAGACAUAGCCCGAGCACAGGUGGCAGAAACAAGCUUACAGGAGAAAUAUCAGUCAUUUAAGCAUUUCAGAGUGCAAUAUGAUGUAAAAAGGAAACAGAUUGAACUUGUAACCCAGUCAUUAAGGAAAGAUGGUAAAUUAUCACUUGAUCAGGCUAUGGUGAAGCAAGCAUGGGACAGAGUUUCUUCCAGGCUAGCUGAUUGGCACAGACACCUUGAUAAGUCUCUUCCCGCACCUCUGGGUACCAUAGGUGCUUGGCUCUAUAGAGCAGAGGCUGCUCUGAGAGAAGAAGUGACUGUUCAGCAAGCUCAUGAGGAAACAGCCAAUACAAUACACCGGAAGCUUGAACAACAUAAGGAUCUGCUGAAAAACAUAGAUGGUCACAAAAAAGCAUUCCAUGAGAUCCACGGGGCCAGGUCUGUUAACGGAGUGCCUGUUCCACCUGAUCAAUUAGAGGAUAUGGCAGAAAGGUUUAAUUUUGUUGUCUCUUCAUCUGAGCUCCAUCUGUUGAAGAUGGAGUUUCUGGAACUGAAGUACCGUCUACUGUCACUCUUAGUCCUUGCAGAAUCAAAGUUAAAAUCGUGGAUUAUCAAAUAUGGAAGGCGAGAGUCUGUGGAACUACUACUUCAAAAUUAUAUUUCUGUUAUUGAAAAUAGUAAGUUCUUUGAGCAGUAUGAAGUUACUUACCAGAUCUUGAAAAGAGCAGCUGAAAUGUAUGCCAAAGCAAAUGGCUCAGUGGAAGAAGUUGAGAAUGUGAUGAAAUUCAUGAAUGAAACAUCAGCACAGUGGAGGAACCUGUCAGUUGAGGUGAGAAGUGUAAGAAGCAUGCUGGAAGAAGUAAUUGCUAAUUGGGACAGAUAUAGCAGCACUGUGGCAGGUCUACAAGCUUGGCUAGAAGAUGCUGAAAAAAUGCUGAAUCAGCCUGAACCCUCGAAAAAGGAUUUCUUCCGGCACUUGCCUCAUUGGAUCCAACAGCACACAGCCAUGAAUGAUGCUGGUAAUUUUCUGAUUGAAACAUGUGAUGAGACCAUUUCCAGAGACCUUAAACAGCAACUUCUGUUACUAAAUGGAAGAUGGAGGGAAUUGUUUAUGCAAGUCAAACAGUAUGCUCGAGCAGAUGAACUGGACAAAAUGAAGAAGGAAUACUUGGAUGGUGUUGCCCAUUUGACAGCUUUUAUUGAUGGAAGCAACAGGAAAUUUUUGGUCCCUGUAGAAGUGUCCUUCCUUGAUGUCAAAAUGUUUGUACAAGAUUUAGAAAAUAUUAAGCAAAAAUUGCCUGCAAUGGAAGCUCAGUACAAAAUGGUUACAAGAACAGCCCAACUUGUUACAAAAGAAGUUUCCGAAGAGGAAGUGAAGGAAAUCCUUGGAACUUUGACAAGGAUCAAAGAGCAGCUGAGCAAGGUUAAGGAGUAUUCCUGUGCCCUGCUCUAUGAAUGCCAGCGUCUACUGUCUCCACUGGAAGAACUGGAGAAACAAAUCACACAUUUUUAUGAAUCUCUUGAAAAAGUCAAUGAAAUAAUUUCUAUCAUGGAUCCUGAAGCACAACCCACAUCUGUUCUUAAACAAAAAGCCCAAGAUUUGGUAGCUUAUCAAGAAAACUGCAAGAAAGAUCUGUCCCUGAUUGAGAGGAAUAGUCAGAGUAUCCUGCAGUGUGUGGCUUCGAGCGAAGUGUUACAGCAUUUCCAUCAGUCAACAUUUCAGAAGAAAGUUACACAAGUUCAGCUUACUUUUCAGAAUAUGGUCAGGAAAGUUGGUGACUGGAGAAAAAACAUAGAAGCAAAUAGCCGUUUGAUGAAGAAAUUUGAGGAGUCUAGAGCAGAACUGGAGAAUGUAAUACAGAUUGCCAAUUGUUGCUUAAAAGAAAAAGGAAAUCCUGAAGAACUUCUCAGGAAACAUAGCGAGUUCUUUAACCAGUUGGAUCAGAGAGUCCUAAAUGCCUUUCUGAAAGCUUGUGAUGAACUUACUGACAUCCUCCCAGAACAAGAGCAACACAACCUGCAGGAAGCUGUCAGAAAACUCCAUAGGCAGUGGAAGGAUCUGCAAACAGAGGCACCAUAUCAUUUGAUCCACUUGAAGAUAGAAAUACAGAAAAGCAGGUUCCUGGUCACAGUGGAGGAGUGCAAAGCUGAACUAGCUCGGCAGAACAAGGUGCUGUCAAGAGAAGGCAAUGAAAGGAUGAUUGAGGAGCACAAGUUAUUCUUCGGUGACAAGGGACCUUACCAGCUGUGUGAGAAAAGGCUACAAAGAAUUGAAGAACUGUGCCAAAAACUGCCAGUUACUGAUCCAGUGAGGGCUACGUUGGAAAGCAGCCAACGAAUCUUGAAGGAUCUCAAAUCCCAGAUAAACAGCACAUAUGUAAAGCUAACAGAGCACUCGGACACCUGGAAGGGCUAUAAGAACAGAUUUUCUGAAUUGGCAAAUUGGAUUUCAUCAACAGAAACAGAGCUAAAGAAGAUAAAGGAAAGUGUCCAUGAUACUGCCAAAUACAAGCAGUGUAAAGCAGCUGUGGGGGAAAUUAGGAAGCAUAUUAACAAGCAAGGAGAAAAUCACAGCUGGCUGAAAUCUAGGCUUGCUGUUUUAACCACAGUAUGUCCUGAUCUGGAGGCCAAAAAGACAGAGGAUGAGCUUUGUAAACUUUCCAGUGACUUCAAGGGACUCCUAGAUUUGCUGGCUGAGGUUGAAAAGGCAUUAGGCACUGUAGGAGACUGUGUCCAGUACAAAGAAGAAGUUAAAAGUGCAAUUGAAGAGUUAAUCAACAACUCUAAAGAAGCCCAAGCAGAGGCUGAAAAGAUCCUGGAUACAGAAAGUUUAUUACAAGCUCAGCAACUACUACUUCAUCAUCAGCAAAGAACAAGGAGACUCCGUGCAAAAAGGCAAGAUGUGCAACAGCAGAUUUCCCAGGCUAAGCAGUUGCAGACUGAAGGUGGACUGCCCAGCACAAUGCAAGAGGAUUUGCAAAAGUUGGAAGGAACACUGGAGAACAUGCAGCAGACUAUGGAGAAACGUGAAGAGCAACUGCAGGUCACAAUAAAUAAAUGGGAGCAGUUUGAAAGGGACAAAGAAACAGUAGUAAAAUAUCUCAAUCAAGCAAGUUCUGCACUUGAACGUAUCUUAAACUUUAGCAGUUUAGAGAGCCUCUCCUCAGAACUGGACCAGACAAAGGAACUCUCUAAACAGGCUGAAGCAAUGGCUGUGCAGGCUGAGAAUUUAGUGAAGAAUUCUUCUGAGAUACAGCUUGGUUCAAGGAACAAGCAGUCUCUUCAACAGCAGGCAAAAUCAAUCCAAGAACAAGUGAAAAAAGUGGAAGUUACUCUUGAAGAAGAUAUUAAAAGCAUGGAAAUGGUGAAAAGCAAGUGGGAUCAUUUUGGCAAUAAUUUUGAAGCUCUGUCCAUCUGGAUAGCUGAACAAGAGAAAGAACUGGAAACUUUGGAAACAUCAUCAUCUCCUUUGGACAUACAGAUCAGCCAAAUCAAGGUUAUUAAUAAAGAAAUAGAUGGUAAAAUAACUGGAAUCUCAAAACUAGAAGAGGAAGCCGAAUCUUUUUCCCAGUUUGUUACCUCUGGAGAAUACGCACAUAUUAAAGCCAAACUGACUCAGGUCAAAAGGUAUUGGGAAGAGCUAAGAGAUCAUGCACAGAGACUGGAAGGAACAAUCACAGGGAAUGCAUCAGCACAGCAGAAGCAUGAAGAAAAUGUUAAACAGGUGCAGCAGGCAGUCUCUGAAUUGGAAGCUAAGCUGGCUGAGCCUCUCACAUCGUGCUCUUCGGCAGCAGCAACAUACACCGCCCUGCAGGAUUGCACGGACCUUUGUCAUACUGUGGAAAAACUGAGCAACACUCUGGCAUCUCUCUCAGCCUGUGCCCGAAAGUUGGCCAACAAAGAAAAAGCUGCUCAGGAGGUUACAUCGUUACAGCAGAAAUAUGAAAAGGUGCUAGAAAAUGCUAAAGAGAAACAGACCUUAUUAGAGACUCUUCUGGCUCAAUGGCAGAAACAGGAGAAGGAGCUGUCUGCCUUCCUCACCUGGUUGGAGGAGUGUGAAGCUACAGCCAAGCCUUCGGAGCAGUAUGUUUCUGCUGACAGAGUUAAACUGGAAGCUGAACUGCAGUCACUGCAGGAUUUGCGAGCAGAUAUUGAGUCCCGUGCUUCGGUUUAUGAAAGCCUGUUACAGUUAAAUGAGUCACUAUUCCCAACAGCUUCUGACCAGUGUGUGAAAACAAUAAAAGAAAAAUUUGAAGAGCUGGAUGAGAGGUGGAAAGCUUUACCACAAACUGUUGAUAAAAGGAUCAACUUCCUUCAAUCUCUUGUUGCUGAGCAUGAGCAGUUUAAUGAGCUCCUGCUCAGGUUUUCAGACUGGAUUAAGAAGUUCCUUGCUGAACUACAAGCCACUUCAGAGAUAAACACAGCUGAUCAACAACUAGCUGCAUCCCACAAUAAGAACCAUUCAAUGGAAAUCGAAAGUAGGAAAAAGCAGCUACAAAGUCUGAAGGAACAUGUAGAUAAAUUAUGUUCUUUCAGCUGCCCAGAGGACCAUCAGACAUUGCAGGGAAAGACUGAAGAUUGCUUUCAGAUCUUCCAGGAGGCAAGUCAAAUAACUAGCCAAAGACAAGAGGCUCUGGAUCAGCUGCGGGUAUUCCUGGAGCUCCACAGUGCUGUAUCAGGAGUGCUCCACCAGCUGAGGCAGACAGUGGAGAAAACAGGAAAUAUGGAUAAAACCAAAUCUGAAUUACUGGAGAAGAAACUCAAUGGUGUUAUUCAAGAUCUUAACAAGCUGGAAUCUGCUGCCAUCAGUUUGGAUGGUUCACUUACUAAGGCCCAGUAUCACCUAAAACACAGCAUUUCUGAGCAGAGGACCUCCUGCAGGGCUGUGGUGGACAAUCUGUGCUUGGAACUGGAGGCAGUUCAAAACCUCCUGGGAACCAAACAGAGUGAGGCAGAAGCUCUUGGAGCCUUGAGAAGAUCUUUCAUGGAACGUAAAGAACAGCUACUCAAGAGAAUUGAAGAUACUGAGGAAAAGGCUGACAAGGAGGGCAUGAAGGAGGCAACACUGCAAGCCCUCCAGCAAAGAUUGAGGAUCUUUAACCAGUUAGAUGAAGAAUUGAAUUCUCAGCAGCAUGAACUCCAGUGGCUCAUGGACAAAGCAAAACAAAUAGCCCAAAAAGAUAUUACACUUGCUCCUGAGAUUGACAAAGAGAUAAAUCGCCUAGAAUCUCUGUGGGAGGAUACCAAGAAAGUCUUACAUGAAAAAAAGGAACAGUCCUGCAUUCUUAUCGAUCUGAUGAAGGAAUAUCAGAGCUUGAAGUCAACAGUCAUGAAAGUCAUAGACAGCGCUGACAGUGCUUCUGUGACCAAAUCCAUUUGGAAGGAUCACGAAGAUGUCAGGCGAGCUUUAUCAAAGCAUGAAGCUGCCAAGAAUGAUCUGAGUGAUAAACAAAAAGACCUGGAUACUUUCACCAACAAAGGAAAACAUUUAUUAGCAGAACUGAAAAGGGUGCAUAACUGUGACUCCACUGCAGUAAAAAAAGAUCUGGACUUUACGGUGGACAAAUGGCUAGAUGUGUCUGAAAGAAUUGAAGACAACAUCGACCGACUGGGUGUAAGCGUGUCUCUGUGGGAUGACAUCCUGAAAACUGGAGAUGAAAUGGAUGGAUGGUGCACUAAGUGCAUUUCUCAACUGAAUGAAGGCAUCAGCAACCUGAGUAACAGUCAGAGAAUGGAGGGCUUCCUGAAGGACUUCCAGUCUGAAGUCAAGGAUAAAGAACUGAAGUUGGAGCAGCUUAGUUCCAAAAUUUCAGAUCUCAAAGAACUGACCCAUAGCCAAGAGCCUCCUGCAGAUCUCCAGUUUAUAGAAUCAGAUUUGAGGCAGAAGUUGGAUCACGUCAAAGAAAUGUCAGAGACAGCAAAAGAGACACUGAAAGAUUUCAGUGCUCAGAAGAUGCAGUUACAGAAGUCUAUUGAUCAGAUGACAGACUGGUUAACGGAAGUGGAAGAGACUCUGUUAAGCUGUGCACAUAACCUGGAUCCUGAAGCUCUAAGUAAAGUGAAGGAAACACAAAAAGACCUUCAGCUUCAGCAGAGCGGCAUUGACUCAAUCCGUGAGAACCUCAACAGCCUGUGUCGCAAAUACCAUUCUGUAGAGCUGGAAACUCUUGGUGGCACUGUCACUUCAUUAAUAAAGAAGUAUGAAGCUGUGAGUCUGCUGUGUUCCAGAACCCAAGCCAGCAUGCAGGAGUCCUUGGAAAAACAUUUCCUCUAUUCUAUGCAAGAGUUCCAGGAAUGGUUUUCAGGUGUGAAGGCUGCAGUAAAAGAAUCAUCUGACAGGUCUGGAGACAGCAAAGCCAUAGAGGCAAAGCUACAUGACUUGCAGAGUGUGCUGGAUUCUGUUAGCGAGGGACGGAACAAGCUAGAUGCUGCCUGCAAGGAAGGAGAAAGUUUGUAUGCUUGCUUACCCAACCCAGUUGUAAGCCAUAUUCAGGAGCAAAUAGCAAAGUCUAACCAGAACUUCCAGGAAUUCCUCAACCAGUGUCUGAAUGAUAAGAAGGCCCUGGAAGCUUGUGCCUCACACCUGGGAAGCUUUGAAGAUCAGCACAAGAAACUUGGCCUGUGGAUACAUGACAUGGAAGAAAGAAUAAGCACAGAAGCAUUGGGAGAGUGCAAAGAGCUUAUUCCUGAGAAGAAAAAGGAGGUACAGAAAGUGGAAAAGUUCCUGGAAGAGUUACUCAAUUCAAGGGAAUCUUUUGACAAGCUCUCCCAAAUGGCACAGGCUUUAAAUGAAGAAGGACAUGCUGCAGGGAGAGAAGUGCGCCUGGCCUCUCAACAUCUCACCAGUUAUCAAAAUAUGGUCAAAACUGUCAAGGAGAAGCUACGAACAUGUCAGCUUGCACUCCAAGAGCAUCUCACUUUGGAGGAGGCAUUACAGAAUAUGUGGUCGUGGGUGAAAGAGGUUCAAGAUAAACUGGCAUCAUCAGAGAGCACUGUUGGCAGCAAAGCCACAUUAGAGAGACGACUGGCACAAAUUCAGGAGAUCCUCUUACUCAAAGGUGAUGGUGAAGUUAAACUGAACAUGGCCAUUGGCAAAGGGGAGCAAGCACUUAGAAGCAGCAAUGAGGAAGGACAAAAGGUGAUACAAACCGAACUUCAGACACUGAAGGACGUGUGGAAUGACAUCAUCAGCACAUCAGUGAACUGGCAGAGCUGCCUAGAGACUGUCAUUAGCCAGUGGAAUGAAUAUCUGGAAAGGAAAAACCAGCUGGAGCAGUGGUUAGAGAAACUGGAUCAUGAAGUGGAACAGCCUUUGGAACCGCAGAUUGGUCUGAAGGAGAAGUUUGCUCAGCUGGACCACUUCCAGGCUAUUGUUUCUGAGAUAGAGGAUCACUCCGGUGAUUUACAGCAACUCAUUGAAAAAGCUGCAGAACUGUAUGAAAAAACAGAGGAUGAUUCUUUUGGAGAAGCAGCUCAAGAAGAACUGAAAACACAGUUUAAUGACAUCACCACUGUAGCUAAGGAGAAAAUGAGGAAAGUGGAAGAUAUUGUGAAAGACCAUUUGCUAUACCUUGAUGCUGUGCAUGAAUUCACAGACUGGCUCCAUUCUGCAAAGGAAGAGCUGCACCGCUGGUCAGAUACAUCUGGAGAUACAGCAACCAUACAGAAAAAGCUGGCCAAAAUCAAUGAGCUGGUGGAGUCCCGGCAGAUCGGGGCGGGCCGGUUGGGCCGAGUGGAGACGCUGGCUCCCGCCGCCGAGCGAGGAACGGCCGCCGGGGGCCGGCAGCUGCUGGGGGCCGAGAUGCGGGCCCUGCGCUCGGACUGGAGGCAGUGGGAAGAGAGCGCCCUGCGCAGCCAGCGCAACCUCCGCGACCUGCUCAGCCAGAUGGCCCUGUCCGAGCAGGAGUUCGCCGCCCGGGUGGCCCAGCUGGAAGAGGCCGCCCAGCGUUUCGGGGAGCUGCUGGCCUCCUGGGCGCAGAGCUUGGUCCCCCUGGACGGGCGGCUCACCGACGGCGAGGUGGUGGAGAGCUGGCGCAAGGAGAAAGAAACAUUGGAUGCUCUGGUAAAGUCUGAACACAUGACAGAUGAGAUCAAAACUCAGUUAAAUGAUCUUUGUAAAUUUUCCAGAGAUUUGAGUACUCAUUCUUCAAAAGUUUCAGGGUUGAUUAAGGAGUAUAACAGCCUCUGCCUGCAAGCUUCAAAAGGAUGUCAAAGCAAAGAGCAGCUCUUGCAGCAAAGAUUUCGGACGGCUUUCAGGGACUUCCAGCAGUGGCUGGUCAAUGCGAAAGUCACCACAGCCAAAUGCUUUGAUGUGCCUCAAAAUAUCAGUGAAGUUUCAGCAAGUCUGCAGAAAAUACAGGAAUUCUUAUCGGAAAGUGAGAAUGGGCAACAAAAACUAAACCUGGUAGCAUCCAAAGGAGAACUGCUGUGCUCUGUUUUACCAAAGGAAAAGGCUAAAGUUAUCCGGGACAAAUGCGCUACCGCUAAAGAAGACUGGAAAAGUUUUAUUACCACCCUCCACCAGAAGGAAUCUGCAUUGGAGAACUUAAAAGUCCAGAUGAAGGACUUUGAAGCAACUGCUGAGCCUCUGCAGGAGUGGCUGACCACAACUGAGAGGAUAGUGCAAGGAAGCAGCAGUCGGCUCCAUGAUCUUCCUUCCAAGAGGAGAGAACAGCAAAAGUUGCAGUCUGUCCUUGAGGAAAUAAGCUGCCACGAGCAUCAGCUCAACAGGCUAAAAGAGAAAGCUCAGCAGCUGUGGGAAGAGCAAGCUGUCAGCAAAAGCUUUAUGCGCAGAGUGUCUCAGUUGUCUUCUCAGUAUCUUACUCUAAGCAAUCUGACAAAGGAGAAAGUUUCCAGAAUGGAUAGGGUCGUAGCGGAGCACCAGCAGUUCUCACACAGUGUCAAGGACCUCCAGGACUGGGUGGCUGAUGCAGUUCACAUGCUGGAUUCCUACUGUCAUCCCACGGCAGACAAGAGUGUUCUGGACAGCCGGAUGUUAAAGCUAGAGGCACUGCUAGCAGUGAAACAAGAAAAAGAAAUCCAAAUGAAAAUGGUUCUGACAAGAGGGGAAUCUGUUCUGCAAAAUACUUCUCUGGAGGGACUACCAGUGAUUGAACGGCAGUUGCAAAGCCUGAAGGACAACUGGGCUUCUCUUCUGUCUGCUUGUAUCCAGUGCAAGAGCCAACUGGAAGGAGCUCUGUCCAAAUGGACAAGUUACCAGGAUGAUGUACGUCAGUUUUCCAGCUGGAUGGAUAAAGUAGAAGCAAGUAUGAAUGCUUCUGAAAGGCAGUAUCCUGAACUGAGAGAAAAAACAUCUGCCCUCAGCAAAGCAAAGCUACUCAGUGAAGAGGUACUGAGUCACAGCAGCCUGUUGGAGACGAUUGAAGUGAAAGGCAGUGGGAUGGCUGAGCAUUAUGUCACUCAGCUUGAACUCCAGGACCUUCAGGAGCGGUAUAAAUUCCUCAAAGACAGAACGAGGGAGGCAGUAACAAAAGCUGAAGGACUGCUUAACUUACAUCAAGAGUACCAAAGAAAUCUGAAGACCUUUGAAGUAUGGCUGGAGAAGGAACAAGAAAAACUUGACUGUUUAUCACAUCUUGAUGGUGAUACCCAGAAACAGGAGGCAACACUCCGAGAUUUACAGGAGCUGCAGGUCCACUGUGCAGAAGGACAAGCAUUAUUGAAUGCUGCUGUCCAUGCCAGAGAGGAGGUGAUUCCCUGGGGCAUUCCUCAGAUAGAAGACAGAGCCCUGGAAUCCUUACGGCAGGAUUGGCAAGUUUAUCAGCACAGACUUUCUGAAGCAAGAAGCCAAUUAAAUGCCACUGUGAGCAGGCUGAGGUUAAUGGAGAAAAAAUUUCAGAAGGUUAAUGAGUGGCUGACAGAUCUGGAGGAGAAAAAGUGGCAUGAAGAAAUUACAAUCUACAAAGAUGAUGUGGAGGAGGUUGGGGUAUUGGCUCAGCAAAUACUAGAGGAAAGUCUCACUGCAAGUACAAUGGGAAGCCAGGCUACGCAGCUUACAUCUCGCUACCAAACUAUUCUUCUUCAUGUCUUGGAGCAAAUAAAGUUUCUGGAAGAAGAAAUACGCUGUAUGGAAGAGUCAGAAUUGGCUUUUAGCGCUUACACAAAUUGGUACGGAGCUACCAACAAGAACUUCAGAAAUGUGAUCACCAAGUUUGACGUGGUUGAUAAAACAGCAAUGGAGAAAAAAGUGCAGAAACUAGAGCUGCUGUUGAGUGACAUGGACAUAGGCCAUAGUUUACUGAAAUCUGCCCGUGAGAAGGGGGAGCGAGCUAUAAAGUAUAUGGAAGAAAAUGAAGUUGACCAGUUAAGAAAAGAAAUUGGAGAUCAUGUGGAACAGCUUGAAGAGCUGGCUGGCUCCAUCAGGAAAGAGCACAUGACUUCAGAGAAGUGCCUUCAGCUUGCAAAGGAGUUCUCGGACAAAUACAAGGCACAGACUCAGUGGGUUAUGGAGUACCAAGCCAUGUUACAUGCUCCAGCAGAGCCAAAGAGUGAACUCUAUGAGAAGAAGGCUCAGUUGUCAAAAUACAAGUCCAUACAGCAGACUGUUCUGUCCCAUGAGCCUUCAAUAAAAUCAGUGAUUGAAAAGGGAGAAGCACUUUUUGAUCUGGUAAAUGAUGUGACUCUAAAGAACAACAUUCAAGACCUUCAGAGCAGUUACCAGGAACUCUGCAGCGCAGCAAAGGCAUACGUUGAAACCUUAGAGGUGAGAGUAAAAGAACAUGAGGACUACAACAGUGAUUUGCAAGAAGGGGAGAAAUGGUUAUUACAUAUGUCCAGCAGGCUGGUCAGCCCUGAUCUCAUGGAGAGUAACAGUCUUGAAAUAAUCACUCAGCAACUGGCUAACCACAAGGCUAUCAUGGAAGAAAUUGCAGGAUUUGAAGAUCGUUUGAACAACCUUAAGAGUAAAGGCGAUUACUUGAUCGAUCAAUGCACUGAACAUCUUCAAGCAAAAUUUAAGCAAAACAUACAAAGCCAUCUUCAGGGGACAAGGGACAGCUAUUCCGCCAUAUGUAGCACAGCCCAAAGAGUGUACCAGAGUUUGGAACAUGAACUCCAGAAGCAUGUUAAUCAUCAGGAUACCCUGCAACAGUGCCAGACUUGGCUGUCUACAGUGCAGUCAGAGCUAAAGCCAACUACCUGGCCACCUUUCAGUCUGGCAGAUGCAGUUAAACAGGUGAAACAUUUCCGAGCUCUGCAGGAGCAGGCCAAUACCUACUUGGAUCUUCUGUGUUCCAUGUGUGACCUGUCAGAUGCCACAGUGAAGAGCACAGCAACAGAUAUUCAACACACAAAACAAACGAUUGAGCAACAGAUAAUGCAUUCUCAGUAUUUGGCGCAAGGUUGGGAAGAGAUCAAACAAAUGAAGGCUGAGCUCUGGAUAUAUUUCCAGGAUGCAGAUCAACAACUACAGAAUUUGAAAAGGAGAGGGGCAGAGUUGGAGCUAAACAUUGCUCAGAAUAUGGUACUCCAGGUUAAGGAAUUCAGUCAGAAGUUGCAGUCUAAGCAGUCAGCUCUUACCUCUGUGACCGAGAAGAUGAACAAACUAACCGAAGGACAGGAAUCACCUGAACACAAGGAAAUAGGGGACCUGAGCAACCAGUGGCUGGACCUCUGCCUUCAAGCACACAGUUUGCUCAUACAGAGGGAGGAGGAUCUGCAGAGGACAGGGGAUUAUCAUGAUCGCAUGAAUGUAGUUGAAGGUUUCUUGGAAAAGCUCACAAAAGAGUGGGACAACCUGGCCAGAUCUGAUGCUGAAAGUACAAACGUGCACCUUGAAGCUUUGCAAAAGUUCGCACUGGCACUACAGGAAAGGAGAUUUGCUCUGGAAGAUUUGAAAGAUCAGAAACAGAAGAUGAUAGAACAUCUGAAUCUCGAUGACAAAGAAUUAGUAAAGGAGCAAUUUGGUCAUUUUGAGCAACGCUGGACUCAGCUGGAGGACCUUGUCAAAAGGAAAAUUCAAGUUUCCAUUUCAACUUUAGAAGAGCUCAGUUUGGUGCAUUCCAAAUUUCAGGAACUAAUGGACUGGGCAGAGGAGCAGCAACCUAGUGUCUCAGAGGCUCUUAAGCAGAACCCUCCUCCAGAUUUGGCUCAGAGUCUUCUCAUGGAUCAUCUUACCAUUUGCAGUGAGCUUGAAGCCAAACAGCUUGUUCUGAAGAUGCUUGUGAAGGAUGCUGACAGGGUGAUGACCAACCUAGGGCUCAAUGAAAGGCAAGAGCUGCAGAAAGCACUUUCUGAUGCACAGCACCAUGUAGAUUGUCUCAGUGAACUGGUUGGCCAGAGGAGAAAGCACCUGAAUAAAGCACUAUCUGAAAAGACUCAGUUUCUUAUGGCAGUCUUUCAGGCUACAAAUCAAAUUCACCAGCACGAGAAGAAGGUAACAUUUCCAGAACACAUUUGUCUAUUGCCAGAAGAUGUGAACAAACAGAUAAGGUCUUGUAAGAAUACCCAGGCUAACCUGAAGGCCCAUCAAAAUGAAGUCGCCGGGUUGUGGGCUCAAGGAAGGGAUUUGAUGAAAGAAGCAACAGAACAAGAAAAGAAUGAAGUGUUAGGUAAACUUCAAGAACUACAGAACGUGUAUGACACUGUUUUACAAAAGUGUAACCAGAGAUUGGUAGAACUAGAGAAAAAUAUCGUUUCCAGGAAAUAUUUUAAAGAAGACUUGGAUAAAGCUUGCCAUUGGCUAAAACAAGCUGAUAUUGUCACAUUCCCAGAAGUCAAUGUAAUGAAUAGUAACUCUGAACUAUACGCGCAGUUGGCAAAAUAUCAACAGGUUCUUGAGCAGUCUCCAGAAUAUGAAAAUCUGUUACUUGCACUGCAGAGAGAUGGCCAAGAAAUCCUACCAUCGCUUAAUGAAGUGGACCAUUCUUAUCUGGAGGAAAAACUUAACAGUCUCCCUCAGCAGUUCAGUACUGUCACUGCUCUGGCAAAAGAAAAAUUAUAUAAGGUUCAGGAAGCAAUUUAUGCCAGAAAAGAGUAUGCCUCUUUGAUUGAGUUGACAAGUAAAGCUCUGACUGAGCUAGAAGAUCAGUUUAUUAACAUGGUCAAAGCUCCAGCUGCUGUUUUAGCCAAAGAAGCUGUGUCUCUCCAGCAAGCCUACAGAGAUCUCCUGGGUGAAGUGUUGAGCCUUGGUGGAGCAGUGGAUGAAUUAAAUCAGAAGAAGGAGGCCUUUCGAAGCACUGGCCAGCCAUGGCAACCAGAUGAGAUGUUAAAACUUGUCACACUGUAUCACAAAUUGAAGAGGCAAAUAGAACAGAAAAUCAACCUGUUGGAAGACACAAUAGAAGCAUGCCAGGAGCACGAGAAAAUGUGUAUGCAGUUUGAGGCACAACUAGAAGCAGUGAAGAAGGAGCAGAUUAAAGUAAAUGAAGAAAUGCUCCCCAUAGAAGAAAAGCUGAAAAUAUACCAUUCUCUGGUGGGCAGCUUGCAAGACUCAGGGAGUCUUCUGAAGCGAAUAACUGAACAUCUAGAAAACCUUUCUCCUCAGCUUGAGUCAUCUGCAUAUGAGACAGCAAAUCACCAAGUGCAGUCUUGGCAAGAGAAACUAAAGUCUUUGCAUGCUGCCAUUGGUGACACCGUGAUGGAGUGCGAGAACAGACUUGUGCAAAGCAUAGACUUCCAGACAGAAAUCCGCCGCUCGCUUGACUGGUUGAGGUGGGUGAAGACAGAACUUAAUGGAACACUAAGUUUGGACCUCAAACUGCAAAGCAUCCAAGAAGAAAUUCGAAAGGUUCAGAUACACCAGGAAGAAGUGCAGUCAAGCCUGAGAGUAAUGAAUGCACUGAGCAAUAAAGAGAAAGAGAGAUAUAUGAAAGCAAAGGAGCUGAUACCUGCUGACCUGGAAAACACUCUUGCUGAGCUGGCAGAACUAGAUGGUGAAGUUCAAGAAGCUAUACACAUGAGACAGGCUACCUUGAAUAAAUUAUACAGCCUCUGCCAAAGAUACUACCAAGUGACACAGGCAGCAAAUGACUGGCUUGAAGAUGCUCAGGAAUUUCUACAUUUAGCAAGAAAUGGCCUUGAUGUUGAGAACUCUGAGGAGAACCUAAGGAACCACAUUGAAUUUUUCAGCACAGAAAGUCAGCUCAGUAACCAUUUGGAAGAGUUACAGGGACUUGUGCAUGAGAUAGAGCCCUAUAUCCAAGCCACAGCAAGAGAGCAGCUGAUGCAGAAUGUAGCUGCAUUGGAGGAAAAGGCCAAUGGGACAAAGCAAGAAGCCAAAACCCAGCAAGAGCAGUUGCAAAGGUGUGCUUCUGAGUGGCAGGAGUACCAGACAACAAGACAGAAGGUUAUUGAAGUGAUGAAUGAGGCUGAGAAAAAGUUGUCCGAAUUUUCAGUAGCUAAAGCUGCUUCUUCUCAUGAAGCAGAAGAGAAAUUGCUAACACAUAAGACUCUUGUUUCUGUAGUGAAUUCUUUCCAUGAGAAGAUCACAGCCCUAGAACAAAAGGCUUCACAGCUGGAAAAAGUUAGCAAUGAUGCCAGUAAGGCAACUAUAAGUAGAUCCAUGACAACGGUUUGGCAGCGCUGGACACGGCUCCGGAAUGUAGCCCAAGAACAAGAGAAAAUUUUGGAAGAUGCAGUGCAGGAAUGGAAGGGCUUUAAUGAUAAGAUUGAGAAAGCCACCAUAGCAAUAGAUCAGCUACAAGGUCGCUUACCAGAAAGCUCAGUGGAAAAGGCUUCCAAGACAGAGCUUCUGGAACUCCUGGAUUACCACAGCAGUUUCCUUCUGGAGGUGGAGCACCAAUUGUCAUCUUUGGGCCUGCUCAAACAGCAUGCAGUCAGCAUGCUUCAGGAUGUGGAAAUAAAGCCUCUGUCUCAGGAGGAACUACCAGUCAUGCAAGAAAUCAAAGCAAUGCAAGAUCGAUGCCACAACAUGCAACAGAAAGUGAAAAAAGGUGUGAAGAUGGUGAAACAGGAGCUGAAGGAGCGUGAGGAGGUUGAAGCAGAUAUUAAUAAUGUGAAGACCUGGAUCCAGGAAACAAAAGAAUAUCUAUUAAGCCCUGAUGUAGAAGUGGAUACUCAACUUCAGGAGUUGCAGUCUCUCCUUGGUGAAGUAACUACUCAUCGUCAGGCUGUUGAAAAAAUGGCUGAACAACAACAGAAUAAGUACUUGGGGCUUUACACCAUUUUGCCUUCUGAACUCUCUCUUCAUUUAGCAGAAGUUGGGCUGGCUCUUGUAAAUGUCCAGGACCAGAUUCAAACCAAAGAAAGAGAAACUCAGCAGAUCAAAACACUGAAUCAAGAGUUUGGUCAGAAAAUCCAGGGGAUAGCAAAUGAACUAAAUGCCAUUCUUUCCAAACUGAAAAAGAAAACAACUGAUAUAGCACAAGCUAAACUUGAACAAAAGAUCCUCGGAGAAGAGUUGGACAGCUGCAACAUAAAGCUGUUGGAAUUAGAUGCAUCAGUCCAGGACUUUGCAGAGCAGAACGCACCGCUGGCCAAGCAGCUGGCUAACAGGAUCGGGAAACUCACUGCAUUGCACCAACAGACCAUUCAGCAGGCUGAGUACAGAGCAGCCAAGCUCAGUCAGGCUGAUUCACACUUGGAAGAAUACAAUGAGAUGCUGGAGUUCAUAUUGAAAUGGAUCGAGAAAGCAAAUAUCCUAGUGCAUGGUAGUAUAACAUGGAAUUCUUCCUCUCAGCUUCGUGAUCAGUUUAAAGCAUACCAGACUAUGCUUGAUGAAUCCGGAGAGAUUCACAGUGAUCUUGAGGCCAUGACUGAGAGGAUUGAUUAUCUGGCAAGUGUAUACUGUACUGAAGGAAUGUCACAGCAAGUGCUGGAACUGGGGCGGCGGACAGAGGAAUUACAGCAAGUUAUCAAAGUGCGGCUACCAAACCUCCAAGAUGCUGCCAAGGACAUGAAGAAGUUUGAAGUUGAGCUGAGAGCCCUGCAGGCUGCUCUGGAGCAAGCCCAAGCCACGUUGACCUCUCCAGAGCUUGGGCAUUUGAGUCUGAAAGAGCAACUUUCUCACAGACAGCACCUGUUGUCUGAAAUGGAGUCGCUGAAGCCAAAAGUUCAGGCGGUACAAGUGUGUCAGAGCGCCCUGAGGAUCCCUGAAGAGGUGGUGACCAGCCUGCCCAUGUGCCACAGUGCCCUGCGGCUGCAGGAGGAGGCCAGCCGCCUGCAGCACACCGCCAUUCAGCAGUGCAACAUCAUGCAGGAAGCAGUGGUUCAAUAUGAACAAUAUGAGCAAGAAAUGAAACAUUUGCAGCAAAUGAUAGAGAGCGCCCAUCGUGAGAUCCAAGACAAGCCAAUAGCAACCGGCAACAUUCAGGAGCUCCAGGCCCAGAUUUCGCGUCAUGAGGAGCUGGCUCAGAAGAUCAAGGGAUACCAGGAGCAAAUUGCUUCUUUGAAUUCGAAGUGCAAGAUGCUGACGAUGAAGGCAAAACAUGCCACCAUGCUGCUGACAGUGACAGAAGUGGAGGGGCUUUCGGACGGAAUGGAGGAGCUGGAUUCAGACCUGCUUCCAGCACACCCCGCUCAUCCCUCGGUGGUUAUGAUGACUGCUGGUCGCUGUCACACGCUGCUCUCCCCUGUCACUGAGGAGUCUGGGGAGGAGGGAACCAACAGUGAGAUUUCUUCUCCACCUGCCUGUCGCUCUCCCUCACCUGUGGCUAAUACAGAUGCUUCUGUUAACCAGGACAUUGCUUAUUACCAAGCCUUAUCUGCUGAACAGUUGGCCUUAUCUGCUGAACAGUUGCAGACAGAAGCUGCUAAAAUUCAACCCAGCACUUCAGCCACCCAGGAGUUUUAUGAAGCAGGCUUAGAAUCAGCUGCUAGCGCCAAAUUGGAUGACUUGCAGCGUUCUUGGGAAACACUGAAAAAUGUGAUCAGUGAAAAGCAGCGCACCCUCUAUGAAGCUCUUGAGCGUCAACAGAGAUAUCAGGACACACUCCAGUCUAUAUCCACAAAAAUGGAGACCAUUGAGGUCAAACUAAAUGAGAGCUUGGAACCAGCCAAAAGCCCAGAGAGCCAGAUGGCUGAACAUCAGGCUUUGAUGGAUGAGAUUUUAAUGCUACAAGAAGAAAUCACUGAGCUUCAGACAUCGUUAGCCCAAGAGCUGGUUUCAGAACCACUGGAUGCAGAAGCUGCUGAUCAGCUGGCAUUGCAGUCCACUCUCAUGGUCUUGGCAGAACGAAUGGCCACAAUUCGAAUGAAGGCAUCAGGAAAAAGACAACUAUUAGAGGAAAAACUGAACGAGCAGCUGGAAGAACAGAGGCAGGAGCAGGCUCUUCAAAGAUACCGUUGUGAAGCUGAUGAACUUGACCACUGGUUACUCAAUACCCGAGCAACGCUGGACACCACUCUGGUUACAGCUGAGGAACCUAUGGACAUGGAAGCACAGCUGGUAGACUGUCAGAACAUGCUGGUUGAAAUAGAGCAGAAGGUGGUAGCCCUGUCAGAGUUAUCUGUGCACAACGAGAACUUGCUUAUGGAAGGGAAGGCUCACACCAAGGACGAGGCAGAGCAGCUGGCUGUGAAGCUCAGGACGCUGAAGGGCAGCCUUCUGGAGCUGCAGAGAGUGCUCCACGACAAACAGAUCAACAUUCGGGGAUCAUUGCAAGAAAAGGAGGAGAGUGAUCUGGACUUUGUUUCCUCACAAAGCCCCAGUGUCCAAGAAUGGCUGGUGCAAGCAAGAACCACUCGCUCACAGCAGCAGCAGAGCACCCUGCAGCAACAGAAAGAGCUGGAACAAGAACUAGAAGAGCAGAAGAAACUGCUUCGGUCAGUAGCAUCCCUUGGAGAAGAAAUCCUAACACAGCACGGUGCUCCAGAAGGCGUAGGCCUAAGUGAGAAGCCCGAUACGCUCUCAGAGGAAUUAAGCUUGGAAGGUGAGAAGCCAUCAUCUGAAGAACAGAUGAAGAUGAAAUGGGAAAGUCUGAACCAGGAAUUCAAUACCAAGCAGAGACUGCUCCAGAAAGCUUUGGAACAAGAACAGCUGCAGCUGUAUAGCAGACCAAACAGACUGCUAUCUGGAAUGCCUUUGUAUAAGGAGGAAGGACAGGAUGAGGAUAAAUCCUCAGUGUCGCCAGUAUUGGUUGAAUUGAAUCAGGCCUUUGAAGAUGUGUCAUCUGAGGCUGGACGGGUGGAGGAGAGCCUGCAACUUGAACAGAAGCUGUAUGAUGGUGUCGCAGCCACCUCCCUGUGGCUGGAUGGUGUGGAAGAGCAGGUCUUUGUUGACACAGCUCUGUUGCCAGAGGAAGAAACAGAAACAUAUCUCUGCAAGCAAGAGUCUCUUGCCAAAGAAAUCAAAGAGAUAACAGAAGAAAUGAAUAAGAACAAGAAUUUAUUUGCUCAGAUAUUUCCUGAGAAUGGUGAUAAUAGGGGUAUUAUGGAAGACACUUUGGAUUGCCUCCUGAGAAGACUGACCUUGCUGGAGUCAGUGGUAAACCAGAGAUGCCAUCAGAUGAAAGGAAGGCUCCAGCAAAUAGCGACUUUCAAGAAUGACCUGAAGCUUCUGUUUACAUCGGUGGCUGAAAACAAAUAUUUAGUUGUACAGAAACUAGCAGAGGCAGCUGAGAGACCAGAAACAGAACAAAUGCAGGUCAUACUGCAGGCAGAAGAAGGUUUGAAGGAACUAGAUACUGGAAUCAAUGAAUUAAAGAAGCAUGUAGACAAGCUACAAAUUGACCAACCUUCCAUGCAAGAGCUGUCUAAGAUCCAGGAUAUGUAUGAUGAGCUGAUGAUGAUCAUUGGAUCCAGACGGAAUGACCUGAAUCAGAAUCUGGCUCUUAAGAGGCAGUAUGAACGGGCUUUACAGGACCUGGCUGACCUGUUAGAAACAGGCCAAGAAAAGAUGGCUGGUGACCAGAAAAUGAUUGUUGCUUCUAAGGAAGAGGUUCAAUCACUACUUGACAAGCAUAAGGAAUAUUUUCAGGGGUUGGAGUCUCACAUGAUCCUGACGGAAACACUCUUUAGAAAAAUGAGUAGCUUUGCCCUCUUGAAGGAAACUCGGUCACAUUCAGACCUAAUGACACAAGCUUCUGCUGUAUUAAAGCUGGCUCAUAAACGAGGUGUGGAGCUGGAAUACAUUCUAGAGACCUGGAUGCGUCUGGAUGAAGAUUACCAGGAACUUACCAGACAGCUGGAAUCUGUUGAAGGCAGCAUCCCCAUAGUUGGUUUGGUGGAAGAGACAGAGGACAGGCUUACAGACCGGAUUACACUUUUUCAGCAUCUGAGAUCUAACCUGACUGAACACCAACCUAAAUUAUACCAAGUGCUAGAUGAUGGGAAAAGGCUCCUUUUUUCUGUUAGCUGCUCAGAUCUCGAAAGUCAACUGAACCAACUAGGAGAACGCUGGUUAAGUAACUCCAGCAAGGUUACUAAGGAGCUUCAUAGAUUGGAGACAAUACUGAAGCACUGGACAAGAUAUCAGAGUGAAUCAAGUGAACUGACACAUUGGUUACAAUCUGCAAAGGAGCGACUUGAGUUUUGGAGCCAGCAGUCUUUGACAGUUCCUCAGGAACUGGAAACAGUCCGAGACCACCUGAACUCCUUUUUGGAGUUUUCAAAAGAGGUGGAUGCUAAAUCAUCACAGAAAUCGUCUGUCCUGAGUACUGGGAAUCAGCUCCUCAGGCUGAAGAAGGUGGAUACAGCAGCACUGCGUGCGGGAUUGUCCCACAUUGACAGCCAGUGGACAGAGCUGCUCACACAAAUCCCAGCAGUACAAGAGAAAUUACACCAGCUCCAGAUGGACAAAAUUCCUUCUCGUCAUGCUAUCACUGAAGUUAUGAGCUGGAUUUCCCUGAUGGAAAAUGUCAUUCAGGAGGAUGAAGAGAAUAUAAAAAAUGUAGUAGGACAGAAAGCCAUUCAAGAUUAUGUCAAGAAGUACAAGGGUUUCAAGAUAGAUUUAAGUUGCAAACAGUUGACGGUAGACUUUGUGAACCAGUCAGUGCUGCAAAUUAGCAGCCAGGAUGUUGAAAGUAAACGUAGCGACAAAACUGAUUUUGCAGAACAGCUUGGAGCAAUGAACAGACGUUGGCAAAUCCUGCAAGGCCUGAUAACGGAAAAGAUCCAGCUGUUGGAAAGUCUGCAGGAAUCCUGGGCAGAAUAUGAAAAUAGUGUGCAGGGCCUGAAAACUUGGUUUGAAACCCAAGAGAAGAAGCUGAAACAACAACAGAAAAUUGGAGACCAGGCUUCAGUACAGAAUGCUUUGAAGGACUGUCAGGAAUUAGAAGAAUUAAUAAGAACAAAGGAAAAAGAAGUAGAAAAUGUGGAACAGAGCGGUCUGUCUUUGAUACAGAACAAGAAGGAAGAAGUCUCUUCUGCUGUUAUGAAAACACUGCAAGAAAUUAACCAUUCCUGGGCCAAUUUGGAUCAUAUGGUUAGCCAGCUGAAGAUAUUGUUGCAAUCUGUUCUUGAUCAGUGGAGCAUUUACAAGGUGGCUUAUGAAGAACUGAACAGUUACCUGACAGAAGCCAGAUACUCUUUGUCCCGGUUUUAUCUUCUUACUGGUUCUUUGGAAGCAGUGAAAGUCCAAGUUGAUAGCCUUCAGAGCCUACAAGAAGAAUUGGAAAAGCAAGAAAACAGCUUACAGAAAUUUGGUUCUGUGACCAAUCAACUGUUGAAAGAGUGUCACCCACCAGUGACUGAAACACUUACCAACACUUUGAAAGAAGUGAAUAUGAGGUGGAACAACCUUCUACAGGAGAUUGCAGAGCGGCUGCGUGCCAGUAAGGGCCUCCUACAGCUGUGGCAGAGGUACAAGGACUGUUACCAGCAGUGCUCUUCCACACUCCGUCAGCGGGAAGACCAGACCAAUGAACUCCUGAAGACUGCCACCAGUAAAGACAUUGCUGAUGAUGAAGUUACUACUUGGAUCCGGGACUGUAAUGAUGUGCUCACGGAUUUGAAGACAGCACAGGAGUCACUGGUGGUUCUUCAAGAACUGGGUGAGGAGCUGAAAAGCCAGGUGGAGGCUUCAGCAGCAGCAGCUAUACAGUCUGAACAUCUUUCUCUGAACCAGAAUCUGUCAACCCUAGAACAAGCUCUCCGUAAGCAACAGGCUGUGCUUCAGGCUGGAGUGCUGGACUAUCAAACCUUUGCCAAGAACCUGCAAGUCCUUGAGGCCUGGAUAACAGAAGCAGAAGAAAUAUUGAAAGGACAGGAUCCCAGUCACUCAUCUGAUCUCUCAGCAAUACAGAGUAGAAUGGAGGAACUCAAGAGUCAGAUGUUGAAGUUCAGCAGUAUGAGCCCAGAUUUGGACCGUCUUAAUGAGCUGGGUUAUAGGCUCCCUCUGAAUGAUAAAGAAAUCAAGAGGAUGCAGAACCUGAACAGACAUUGGUCUCUGAUCUCAUCUCAGACUACGGAGAGGUUCAGUAAGCUGCAGUCUUUCUUGCUGCAGCAGCAGACCUUUUUGGAGAAAUGUGAGACUUGGAUGGAUUUAUUAGUUCAGACUGAGCAGAAGCUGGCGGCAGAGAUUUCAGGAAACUACCAGAGCCUUUUAGAACAACAGAGAGUACAUGAGCUCUUCCAGGCAGAGAUGUUCAGCCGCCAGCAAAUUUUGCAUUCGAUUAUCUCUGAUGGGCAGCACCUCAUAGAACAAGGACAGGUGGAUGACAGGGAUGAAUUUAAUCUGAAGCUGACUCUUCUAAGCAAUCAAUGGCAAGGAGUAAUUCGCCGGGCACAGCAGAGAAGGGGGAUCAUUGACAGCCAGAUUCACCAGUGGCAACGCUACAGGGAGAUGGCAGAGAAGCUGCGCAAGUGGCUGGUGGAAAUAUCCUGUCAGCCAGUGAGUGGGCUGGGCGAUGUUCCCAUACCAUUACAGCAAGCCAGAGCGCUACUGGAUGAAGUGCAGCUUAAAGAGAAAAUUCUCCUAAGGCAGCAAGGGAGUUACAUCCUGACUGUGGAAGCUGGGAAGCAACUGCUGCUCUCUGCUGACAGCGGAGCUGAGGCAGACCUGCAGGCAGAGCUCACGGAAAUUCAAGAGCGCUGGAUGGCAGCUAGCACCCAACUGGAGCAACAAAAGAAACAACUUGCUUUACUGCUGAAAGACUGGGAGAAAUGUGAAAAGGGCAUAGGAGACUCCCUGGAGAAGCUAAGAUCAUUCAAAAAAAACCUCUCUCAGCCUUUGCCAGAACACCAUGAUGAGUUGCACGCAGAGCAGAUUCGCUGCAAGGAGUUAGAGAAUGCUGUUGAAGGAUGGACAGAUGACCUUGCACACCUCUCUCUGCUGAAGGAGACCCUGUCAAUGUAUAUCAGUGCAGACGAUAUCUCAAUCCUCAGUGAGCGCAUAGAGCUUCUGCACAGACAGUGGGAGGAGCUGUGCCACCAGGUCUCCUUACGUCGACAGCAAGUUAGUGAGAGAUUGAAUGAGUGGGCUGUCUUCAGUGAGAAGAACAAGGAGCUCUGUGAGUGGCUGACACAAAUGGAAAGUAAAGUUUCUCAAAAUGGCGAUAUCCUCAUAGAAGAAAUGAUUGAGAAACUUAAAAAGGAUUAUCAAGAGGAAAUUGCAGUAGCCCAGAAGAACAAAAUCCAGCUCCAGCAAAUGGGAGAGCGACUAGCAAAAGCCAGCCAUGAGAGUAAGGCAUCAGAAAUUGAGUACAAGCUUGGCAAGAUCAAUGACAGGUGGCAACAUCUUCUAGAUCUUAUUGCAGCCAGGGUAAAGAAGUUGAAGGAGACCCUCGUUGCAGUGCAGCAACUGGAUAAAAACAUGAGUAGCCUGAGAUCUUGGCUUGCCCACAUUGAGUCAGAGCUGUCCAAACCUAUCGUCUAUGAAACUUGUAACUCUGAGGAAAUACAAAGGAAACUAAAUGAACAGCAGGAACUUCAGAGGGACAUAGAGAAACACAGCACUGGAGUAGCAUCUGUUCUCAAUUUGUGUGAAGUGCUUCUUCAUGACUGUGAUGCUUGUGCCACCGAAGCAGAGUGUGACUCUAUCCAGCAGGCUACACGCAAUCUGGACAGAAGGUGGAGGAACAUUUGUGCAAUGUCAAUGGAAAGGCGACUUAAAAUUGAAGAGACGUGGCGGCUAUGGCAAAAGUUUUUGGAUGACUACUCCAGAUUUGAAGACUGGCUAAAAAUCUCUGAGAGGACAGCUGCUUUCCCAAGCUCCUCUGGUGUGCUUUACACGGUUGCUAAGGAAGAACUGAAGAAAUUUGAGGCCUUCCAGAGACAAGUGCAUGAAAGUCUGACUCAGCUGGAACUGAUCAAUAAGCAGUAUCGCCGCCUGGCCCGAGAGAACCGCACUGACUCUGACUGCAGCCUCAAGCAGAUGGUUCAUGAGGGGAACCAGAGAUGGGACAACUUACAAAAGCGAGUUACCUCCAUCCUGCGCAGGCUAAAACAUUUUAUUGGCCAGCGUGAGGAGUUUGAGACAGCACGUGAUAGCAUCCUGGUAUGGCUAACAGAGAUGGACCUGCAGCUGACCAACAUUGAGCAUUUCUCAGAGUGUGAUGUCCAAGCAAAGAUAAAGCAACUUAAGGCUUUCCAGCAAGAAAUCUCACUGAACAAUAACAAAAUUGAGCAGAUAAUUGUGCAGGGUGAGCAACUCAUUGAGAAAAGUGAGCCCAUGGAUGCAGCUGUCAUUGAAGAAGAACUAGAUGAGCUGCGUCGUUACUGUCAAGAGGUCUUUGGACGUGUGGAACGCUAUCACAAGAAACUCAUCCGCCUUCCUCUGACAGAUGACGAGCAUGACCUCUCUGACAGAGAGGUGGAUCUGGAUGAAUCAGCAGAUCUCUCUGACAUACACUGGCAUGACAAAUCUGCGGACAGCGUUCUCUCCCCGCACCCCUCUUCCAACCUUUCGCUGCCUCUUUCCCAGCCGGUGAGAAGCGAGCGAUCGGGGCGAGACACACCUGCAAGCGUGGACUCCAUUCCCCUGGAGUGGGAUCAUGACUACGACCUUAGCAGAGACCUGGAGACAGCUGUUUCACGGGCACUGCACUCUGAGGAAGAGGACGGAGGACAAGAGAAGGACUUCUACCUGAGAGGAGCCGCUGGUAUAGCAGAUGUAGAGAUCCCUGAAACUCUUGAGGCCUAUGUAACACUCACAGAAAACGUGCUCAAAAAUAUCUCUGGAGAACCUGGUUCCCUGGAAGCACACAUCCGGCAGCUGGACAAGGCCUUGGACACCAGUCGUUUCCAAAUACAGCAAACAGAAAACAUCAUCCGCAGCAAAACACCUACAGGACCAGAGCUGGAUUCCAGUUACAAAGGAUAUAUGAAGCUACUAGGCGAGUGCAGUGGAAGCAUAGACUCAGUAAAAAGGCUUGGAUAUAAACUGAAAGAAGAAGAAGAAAAAUUGUCUGGACUUAUUAACCUCAACAGUACUGAAACACAAACAGCUGGUGUAAUUGACCGAUGGGAAUUAAUCCAGGCUCAAGCUCUAAGCAAGGAGCUGAGGAUGAAGCAGAACCUUCAGCAAUGGCAGCAGUUUAACUCCGACCUUAAUAGUAUUUGGGCUUGGCUGGGAGAAACUGAAGAGGAACUGGAGAAGAUCCGUCGCCUUGAUCUCAGCACCGACAUACAAACUAUUGAACUCAGAAUUAAAAAAUUGAAAGAUCUGCAGAAAGCAAUUGAUAACCGCAAAGCGAUCAUCUUAUCCAUCAAUCUGUGCAGCUCAGAGUUCACUCAGUCUGACAGUGAAGAGAGCAAGAAGCUUCAAGAGCGUCUGUCUCAGAUGAACGUGCGCUGGGACCACGUAUGCAGUAUGAUCGACGAGUGGCGCUGCUCGUUGCAGGAUGCAUUAAUGCAGUGCCAGGAUUUCCAUGAAAUGAGCCAUGGUUUGCUGCUUUGGUUAGAGAACAUUGACAGAAGAAAAAAUGAGAUUGUGCCCAUCGAUCCAAACCUGGACUCAGAAACGCUGCAGGAUCAUCGCAGACUUUUAAUGCAAAUCAGACGUGAACUGCUGGAGUCUCAGUUGAAGGUGGCAUCACUGCAAGAUAUGUCCCGCCAGUUGCUAGUCAAUGCUGAAGGCAAGGACUGUCUUGAAGCCAAAGAGAAAGUGCAUGUCAUUGGUAACAGACUGAAGGUCCUCUUGAAAGAGGUCACGCGCCAUAUUAAAGACCUAGAGAAAAUCCUAGACAUUUCAAGUAGUCAGCUGGAAUUGUCCUCAUGGUCCUCUGCUGAUGAAUUAGACACAUCGGGCUCAGUGAGUCCUGUAUCUGGAAGAAGCACUCCAAGCAGACAGAGAACGCCACGGGGCAAAUGUAGUCUCUCACAGCCUGGACCCUCUGUCAGCAGUCCACAUAGCAGGUCCACAAGAAGUGGCUCAGGUUCCUCCCCUUCUGAGGCCGGGCCAGCGUGGCAGCGUCCUUCUUUCUUCCUCAGAGUCCUCAGAGCUGCUCUGCCACUUCAGCUCCUCUUGCUACUCCUAAUCGGGCUGGCUUGCCUGGUGCCAAUGACCAAGGAGGACUACAGCUGUGCUAUGGCCAACAACUUUGCCCGCUCUUUCCAUCCCAUGUUGAAGUACGUGAACGGUCCACCUCCAUUAUGAAGGAGACCCGUGAGACAGCGGGUGACCUUGCUGGAGUGCUAGCUGGGAGGCAGGAUGGUUUUAGAGGGUGACAGGAUUCAGUGUGGCAGCUUUACUGACCUGCUGUGUCCAUAUCAUUCCCUGCUGGCACUCGGCUCAUAAUGCAUCAGUAUUUCAGUAUCAAACUGCACAACGUAUUACCUGAGUAGCAUCGUUCCAAUACUCACAUCUGGGUACUAAGGAGGAUGUGACGUGUAUGAGGGAAAUGUCCUUCUGUCCAGCAUUCUGGAUCUUUUAGCCACUUUAUAAUCCAGGUCAUUGCCCUGUACUAUGCAUAGCCAAGGACUUGAUACUGUAGAUCCUUUCCUCUGUGCUGCUCUAAAUGAGCCGUUAGCCAGUCUUUGUUAAAUACCCUCUCAGUAUCUACGGUAUACAAAAUAACCAAUGCUAAAGAAAUUUUAGAGCAUUUGUAACAUACAAUUUUAAAGGAUCUUGUAUGGCAAUGUAUUAUUCCCCGUGGUUUCUGUUUCGGGCAUGGUGUUCUAACUUUUGCUUUGGAUGCACAAGGUGUAAAUCUGAGAAGCACUUUUUUAAGGUUUAAAAAAAAUGGAUGUAAUAAAUAAGAUCAUAAAAGGUUUUAUGAGGAAAAAUGUUGAAUGUCAAGUUGAAAAACAAAGGACAUAUUUAUGUAUGUACAGUUUGCUAAGCCAAGUUUUGUUUGUAUUGAUUUCUUUGCAUUUAUUAUAGAUACCAUAAAAUAUUUUGUCUACGUGCUUUUUAAUGACAACUAUGGAAACCUCUAAGUUUAGAAUGAGAUAUGUAUGGUAUAAAAAAAUUAGAAGACGUACAUAUGCUGCACUUCUAAAAAGAAUUAAAAAAUGCUGUAACAAAUUAA